AUGAUGCACCCGCCGCCCAUGAUGCAGCAGCCCAAGCCCAAGAAGGAGAGGGAGCGGCGCCCCCUCCCCGUGCUGCAGUGUGGUGACCGUUACACCUUCUGGCCCGAGUACGACCCCAGCCAGACUUGGUUCACAGUCAUCAUAAAGUUUACAGUCAUCACAAGGUUUGCAGUCAUCACAAGGUUCACAGUCAUCAUCAAGUUUACAGUCAUCACAAGGUUCACAGUCAUCACAAGGUUCACAGUCAUCAUAAAGUUUACAGUCAUCACAAGGUUCACAGUCAUCACAAGGUUCACAGUCAUCAUAAAGUUUACAGUCAUCACAAGGUUUACAGUCAUCACAAGGUUCACAGUCAUCAUAAAGUUUACAGUCAUCACAAGGUUUACAGUCAUCACAAGGUUCACAGUCAUCAUAAAGUUUACAGUCAUCACAAGAUUUUCAGUUAUCACAAAGUUCACAGUCAUCACAAGGUUCACAGUCAUCAUAAAGUUUACAGUCAUCACAAGGUUUACAGUCAUCACAAGGGUGGCCGAGGUGGACGGCGCCUGGCUGGAGCAGUUCACCUCCCUGGGCUGGCGCCACAGCGAGGCCCUCAGGAUGCUGCGGGCACAGGGUCGCCAGGGCUCCAGGGACACGGCGCCAGAUAUCCUCGCCUCGCUCAAGAAAAAUGAGUUUCGUCUCUCCAAGCCUGAGAGCGAGGCGCUGUACGUGGAGGUGCUGUACACUGUGUUCCACAAGGUCGGGGCACAGCAACACGCGGCCGAGGACCUGCCUCACUACGCGCAGGCCGCCUUCCACAUCGAACCCCACGACCACAUCAGACUGCAGGCCGUGGCGCAGGAGGAGAAGCCGCCCAUCCUCGUCCUGAACCUGGUGGUGGUGGAGGCGGAGAACCUGGAAGCCAAGGACCCAAAUGGAUACAGCGACCCCUACUGCAUGAUGGGGAUUGUUCCCGAGGUGCCGGCGGGCCAUGGCGGGUCUGGCAGCUCGCGAGGAGGCAGCCGGCAAGGUAGUGUGGACGGUGAGAGUGUGGCGGCGCCCCCGGACCCCUCCCUGCUGUCCUCUCCGGCUCGCAUCAUUUCGAGCACGGCCGCCAUAGGCUUCAGCGACCCUUACUGCAUGUUGGGGAUCCAGCCGGCGGUCCAGCCAGGUCUUCCCGGCUCGCCCAGGGACGUGUACGGGCUGGCGCAGGGCUCACCGCCGCCCGACUCACCGAGGAACAGACAUUUCAGUGGGGGGUCACGCAACUCCAUGGACGUCGAGGCGGACACUGACGGGGACCGAAGCAGCAGUAGUGACAGCACCAAGUCCCUGGCCAAGGAGAGCCUCAGGAAGCACCACAGCAUGGCAAGGUUGAAUUUGGACUGUCUUAAGACCCCCGACGCUAAACAGGACAGUCCCCGGGAAAAGUUAAAGAAGAGACCAAGUUUCCGGCUCAGCUUCAAGCGGAGACCCACGGAGCCGAAGCGCGAGAGGCUGGAGCACCGGGACUCCCUGAGCAACGCCAUCCCGGCCAAGAUCAUUCGGGCCACCUCCGUCAAGCCACACACCCUCAACCCGCGCUGGAACGAGAAAUUCAGACUUGACAUCGACGACAUCAACUUCGACAUCCUUCAUUUGGACAUCUGGGACCACGACGACGAGUCCAGCGUGUUUGAGGUGGUGAGCAAGCUGAACGAGGUCAAGGGUGUCAAGGGUCUGGGCCGCUUCUUCAAACAGAUCGCCCAGUCGGCGCGGCAGGGCGGCGGCCAAGACGACUUCCUCGGCUGCGUCAACAUUCCCCUGCAGGACAUCCCCAGCACGGGCGUCGACAAAUGGUACCCGCUGGAAGGCCGCUCCCUGCGCUCCAACAUCCAGGGCCAGAUCAACCUCAAGAUGUGGCUGUCGACGCGCGAAGACCGCAACCGGUCGGAGGAGGAAGUCUGGGCCGAAGUACGAGAACACGAUCAAAUCAUCACCCUCUUCCUCCUUCACGAACUUAAUAAAUUCAAGGAGGACACAGCAUCGUGGGACGGGGAACUGAGCUUGGCGGCCCAGACCAUCCUGCACCAGCACGCCAUCCAGGGCGACCUGACGCAGCUGCAGCAGGCCAUGUGUCGCUGGAUGGCCGUCGCACGCACGCACACCUCGCGACCCCUCGACCACCGCGUCCUGCACCGCUACCUCCUCGCCCUGCACGACCUCUGGGACACGGAGACACUCGGCAAGGAAGAGGAGGAGAUGCUGGCGCAGUCCUACACGGGCUUCCUGGAGCACAGCCUGACGGAGGUGCGCCGCCACAAGGAGCUGUUCCCGACGCCCUCCAAGACCCACGCCAUCCGUCUGGAGGCUCUGCUCAAGUGCCUUUCGCUGCUGGCUGAGAGUCGCUCGUACUGGAAGGUGUGUCCGUUCCACAAGGAGGUGCGCGGCGAGGUGGUGGCUGCUCUCAAGAAAGGCGCCGUGGAGUGGUACGCCCAGGCCCGACUCAGGUACGACAGACACAGAGAAGCCAGUCUGGCCACGGGCGGCGACGUGGCGCUCGAGUCCUUAGCGAGACUCGCCCUGCACCUCACCCUCGACCUCCAGGCUGGCGCUGACUACUACGACAACGCCUUCUCAAUCGCCCCUCUCAAGAUCCCGUACGUGGCCAUCAACUACAAGAUAUUCGAGAAGCUGCUCUCCGAGGACACGCUGAAGGUGCUCACGGUCAUCCAGGUGGACGAGGACAUCGAGAACGAGAUCUGGCAGAUGUGUGCGUUGCUUCGAGACCUGGAGCUGAACAAGGAGGCGCCCUUCUACAACCCCCACUGCUCCACCAGCCCCUUCCUGCUCUACCUCGCGCUGGCCGAGUUUUCGAAGUUCCAGGAGCACGUGCCGUCAGGGGAGCGCCGUUCGUUGCUCCUCGGCUCCGUGUGGCGCCACUUCCUGCCCGCCGUCAGCCGCUGGGUGGACGUGACGGCGUACCGGGUGUUUUGCCGCAUCCGCGUGGCCAUCCUUACCGACCGAGUGGCCAACACGGGCGAGCCAGUGCAGUACACCACGUCAGCUGUCGACACCACCUCCUGCUUUUACCACAUCAAGACCUUCUGGCGUCACCUGGCCUGGCCGGACCCCUGCACCUCCUACUCCCUCGUUGUCAAGAUGGUGGAGACCAUGUCCGGGGCAGCUGACUACUACGUGCACCUGCUUCAGCAACGCCUCUGCACGCUUCCCACUGACAAGAGCGACAUGGAGCACGCUCAGCAGCUGUGCACGACCGUCAACAACAUGGAGCACGUCAGGCACUCCCUCACAUUGCUGCAAGAUGAACUGCAGAUUGAACACUUCACUCAGCUGCUGGACGCCCAGGACGGCAGCGGCGGCACCACGUACAGCGACCACCUCAACAGCCUCAUGCUGGAGGCCCUCACUAACCUGGAUGCAAGGAUCGCUGGCUCCUUGACUCCUGUAGCAGAGCAGAUCCGCGUGGAGCUGCAAAAGGACGUCUUCCACCUUGCCUGGUCCCCGGACUCCCUGCCAGCGGAGGAGGCAGUGCGGCCCUUACUGGAGCACCUCUUUGGCUCCCUCUCCACCUACUCCGCAGCACUUCUCAAGAACAACCUUGACCGCCUGCUGUAUCUGCUGUGGCUGGCGGUGCUGAACGCGCUGCAUGACCAAAUUGGUAAAGACAGUGAGGAGAAACAGGAGGUAUUCUUCGUGCGGCUGUACGACGCGCUGGAACUUCUGAGAGGCUUCUUCUCCGCCCAUGGCCGAGGGCUGGAUGACAAUUCCCUUGCGGGGGUGGAGUACAUCACACUGGAGAGACAGCUUAGGCUCCACAAGACAUCAACGGAAGUCCUCAUCGAGACGUACCACUUGGAGCGUCUGAUGGAGCAGGAGCACGUCGAGGGCCAAGAGUAUGGGUCGCUGUUUGUCCGCGUGUACUUCAACCAUGACUCUCUGUGCGUGGAGGUACUGCAAGCCAGGAACGUCAUCCCUCUCGACCCUAAUGGCUUCAGUGAUCCCUUCGUGGUGAUUGAGCUGCUGCCACGUCGCCUCUUUCCCGGGGCGUCGCAGCAACAGACCAACGUCCACAAGAAGACAUUGCACCCGCUCUUCGAUGAGUGUUUUGAGUUCCCUGCCUCACUGGAGAGUUGUCAGGCCAAGGGCGCCAUGAUCCUGUUUACGCUGAUGGAUCAUGACGUCAUCACCUGCAACGACUUUGGUGGCGAGGCGUUCCUGUCCCUCAACACCAUCCCAGGCGUCGUGGCGUCCUCCUCCUCUGUUGACAACUUCCAUGGCCUCAAACCCAUCGAGCUGAGCCUCAUGUUCCAGAAGGACCCAGACAACGCCAUCCUGAGGGUGCUGGAGACAAGAACGAGUGACAAGGCAGCAAUGGAGUUUGUCAAAAAACAGAAAGAGAGGAUUGCUCGGCCGACUUAGGAUUCAAAGCCACACCACUACCAGCCACUCAUCCAUCCCUGCCUCCUGCCAUACCAUCUGUUUUCCACCGCUGCUGCCUCCUCUUGCCAUUUGCUCGCUCAACUACUCGACGCAAGGGAACUGUUUACUUAUUCUUGCUCAUCUCUCAUCAUCCUUGUCCUCAACCUCACCGCUGUCACCUACCAGUGCUCUCCUUCUCAGUCGCCUCACUUCCCUGCGUUCCCUCCUGCCUUCUGCCACUCACUCGCUCAACUACUGGACGCAGGGAAACUACUUGCUCUCUCCUGUUCAUGCCUCAUUGGCCUCAUCCUCAUCCAUUCUGUUGCUGCCUUCCAGUACUCUUCUCUACAGUCUUCAUGUAUACGCUCCUCCAGCAGCCAUAAGUAUUUGUGUCCCAUAAUUACAUAGAAGUGAACCACACCGCUGGAAACACAAGUCAGCCCAUUGGUUGAAAACAUGAUGAACAGUGAUGAGUUUAUGCAUAAAUGUAACUCAUGCUUACACCAAAAAUCACCUUCAGCCCACUUAAUGUAUGUGUCCAAGAUAAGUACGUAGUGUUUUAGUUAGGAGGAGAGGAUAAACGGAGAGUGUGAUUACCAAAAAUAUUAAGUGACUGCAGCCAAUGUGUAGCUAGUGUUGGCCUCUACUCGCCUGCAUAGCUCCUUGAAGCAGCUGGAUCCUCUUCAAGAGAAGUCAGCAGAAAUUUACUCACUUUUUUCCUGCUUCUUUUGGUGGAUGAUUAGCAUGUAUUUGUACAUAAUUAUGGCUCUCACGUAAAAAUGUUACUGGAAAAUUGACAUUCUUAUCGUUAAUGACUCCUUCGCCUCAUCAUGGUGGCAGUGUAGUGAUAUCAAAAUAUUGUUAUUAUCUGUGAAGAUUCACCACGAGGCAUCGUUACUUGUAUAUGGUGUCUGCACAUUCCUCGAGCGCUGGUGAUAGCAGCGUCUUGGUCCAUGAAAGGCGUGACGCUGCCAGCACAGUGACGGAGCCUGUCCACCGAUCAGGGCAGUCGCCCGCACCUUCCUACUCUUGUUCGGUGUUCUCUUGGGGUGUGAAACGACACACGUGUGUUAUUUUCUAUCAAGUGUAAAAAUAACUGAAGGUAUGAUGAAGGGUUGCUCUGUAAUCACAGUUUUUAGUAGCUUUAAGACAAACAGUUGUAGUUUCCAGAGUUUAUGAUAAUCUUCUAGUGUUUAAGAUACAAGGAAAUCAUAUGAUUAUAAGGUUGGAUGUUAAUACAUUUUACCGACAACACCAAGACUCAGAAUGUGAAUGUGUGCAAGGAGGAAAACAUGUGUCUUGCGGCAGCCUGCCUCUGACAUGGUGAGACCCCAAGGCAUGAGUCAGUGCCCCAUGAGCCCGCUGAGGGUCAUGGUGGUGGUGUUGAAGAGACAAUGGUGUGUCAUCAUGUAGUAUUUAGUCUCUUUUGCAGAGUUAACUUUUACCAGUUCACAAAUGUCUAUUUUCUAGUAGUGUGUAAAGCUUUCUUCUUGUACUGUUUGACAAAUUUCUAUUUUCUAUUGGUGUGCAUCAUCCUCUUCUUCCCUCUUGUUGAUAUAGUGCCCCGUCAGGCUGCUCCACAGUUAGUGUUUGUAUGUACACAGGAACCUUUAUUUCUGCCUCACUGUGCAGGCCACCCAUUGCUGAGUGUCGUGGUGGCACCGCCACCCCUCUCGUGGCUGCCCCCUGUGGCAUCAACAGAGGCGUCAGUGGUGGCAGCAGCUAGUGGGUGCACGCCAGCAGGGAAGGGGAGGCAGCAGGUGGCCCUCCACGAGCACAUCCGUUCAUUGAUCAAGCAAAGCCUUGCCUGGAGUCCCUCAGAGCACAAUAGUUCCUGGUGGUACAAAGCAAGCAGCGCGAGUCUGGUGAGCCGCUGACACACCGUGGGAAGCCUUUUACCUAGCCAUCCUUUGUGUUAUUGUUAUUACUUUUUAUUGUACCAUUAUCAUC